AUGUGGUCUCUCAAGCAGACGAGUCCCAUCCCCCCCCGACCGAUGCCCCGCGAGACCGACCCAUGGUUCGUCUACAAACUAGCCGCCUUCGUGUCCUUGGGCGCGCUGCUGUUUGGCUAUGACCAGGGCGUUAUGGGGAUGAUCGUGGCCGAUCAGCGAUGGAAGGACUUGAUGCAGCCUGCUAAUUCUUGGGUCACCGGUGCUGUGGUGUCCACGUAUGACAUCGGCUGCUUCGCUGGUGCCAUGUCUACUGGUGCCCUGGCUGAUUUAUAUGGCCGCGAGAGACUACUUGCGCUGGCUAGUAUUGUCUGUAUUAUCGGUGCUGUAAUCCAGGCUGCAUCAUAUACAAUCCCGCAGAUCAUCCUUGGACGUAUCAUCCUCGGGCUCGGGGUCGGUGGUUGUGCAGCUGGAGUCCCCCUAUACCAAUCGGAAAUUGCACCCUCCACUCUCCGGGGCCGUCUCAUCGGCAUCGAGCAGAUGAUCCUCUGCACUGGCGAGCUAAUCGCGUUCUGGCUCGACUACUGGCUCAGCCUCCUCUCGACACCGAGCUGGUGGCGCAUUGCCCUCGCAGUCCAAAUCUUCCCGGCCUUGGUACUAGGUCUAGGCUGCUGUACUUGGGUCUUGCCUAGUCCCCGUUGGCUGGUUGCACAGGGGAGGAAUGAGUGCGCGCACGAGGUGCUGUUUCGCCUGCAUGGAGAACAAACAGCCGAAGUAGAACUCAAGCAGAUACAGGAGACGAUCAGGCUGGAGCGUCAUGUAAAAGUGUCCUGGUCUGGGAUGUUCAAGAGCCCGAUCCUGAAACUCACUGUCCUGGGAUGCGGAAUCCAAAGCUUCCAGCAAAUCACCGGUACAAAUUCGAUCUUGUACUACGCCCCGUCUCUGUUCCAAAAAGGGGGCAUCAAAGACCCUCAAACCGCAAAUCUCGCUACAGGAGGCGUCGGAAUAGCCCUCUUUCUCAGCUCCUGGAUCCCCAUCUUCUACUUCGACCGACUCGGCCGCAAGACCUGGCUCCAGAUCGGCACAGUCGGCAUGAUGCUAUCUAUGCUCGGAAUCGCCGGACUCCAGCAACAAGCAGAACAGCGCCCUGAAUCCGGUGGCAACUACAUCAUAAUCCUAUUCCCGUACCUGUUUUACAUCUUCUUCAACGUGAGCUGGGGCGUUGCAGCAUGGACAUACCCAUCCGAGAUCUUCCCACUAUCGAUGCGCGCAAAAGGGAACGCGCUUGCAACUUCGGCAAACUGGGCUUCUUGCUACGUUGUCGCGCAGAUCUCGCCCGUGCUGGGCGAUGCCAUUGGCUGGGGUUUAUACGUUGUCUAUGCGUUGAUAUGUGUAGCGGCUUUUGCCUUUGUUCGGUUUGCCCUUGUCGAGACAAAAGACCGAUCGCUUGAGGAUAUGAAUGAGCUUUUUGGGCUGGAGAACUACUUCUCCACAGGUGAUGGCGCCAAGGACGACCAGGUUGGCUUGCUUGAGGAGCAGUCACUGGAAGAUGGGGAGUGA